AUGGCUUCCAACCUGCUACCUUAUACAGCAGCCGAGUUCAAUUCUAUACCUGAUAUCAUGGACUCCGCUAAAGGGUUCGAGGAAGCCAACACAUCUGGACUACUUUUGCAGGAGCUUGGGCAGGCUUUGCCGAAGCGUGAGGUCAAUUGCUCUCUAGGUGUUACCCUUGUCCACCGCCAUUAUGAUCUAGCUCAGUACGAGAUGCUAGUUAACAUUGGUAACGUGGCUGUCCCCUGGAAUACCAACAACGAAGCAAGCGGGCUGGCCAACCCCAGCUCCUGGUGCUUCACCAAAGACGGGGUGAUGCCGUAUGUAUUCACCUAUGGGGGCGUGAAGGUCUCCAUGGGCGACCGUAUGAGAGAAUCCCUUUCAGGAUAUCGUUCUAUUCUUGAGAAGAAACAUACCAGCCAUAUUUUUGGCCUCUGCACGCUCGAUGGGGUGUCCCUUGCGCAGGCGGCACCUACUGUUGACUUCACUAGCAGACGUGCCAACAUCACGCUGCCUUUCGACGAAAAUCCAAGCGAGGGUGGCGCCAUUAAGGCUAUGUGGCAGAUUCAGCAAGUUAUGUCCAUAAAUUCAUCCUCCUGCUACCUCCCCUGCAACUGUCACUGA